CAGUAUAAAAGUUUAUGAAAGAUUCAGGUUCAGAAUCCGUAGUUACCAGAAACAGACCCGGACCAGCUAAUCCCCCAUCCCCCAUUUUGAUCAUCCCCAACUACCCUUCAACUUUUAGACACAAAAAUCAAGAAUCUGACACAAACCCAAAUUCAUCAAACUUUCAGAAAAACUAUUUACAUCACUUAAUUAUGAAUUCUAUGUUUCUGACAAACCCCACUUCUUCUCUCUAAAAGAUAAACAAUUAUCCAUUUUUAGCUUUAAAAUUAUGGCAACUGAGCCACCAAAUAUGAUAUCUUCAGACCCCACAAGGGUCCCACUUCUCAGCCGGCGAGAAGACACCGGCGGCGGGGGCCGUCAGUCAUCGUUGGCUGUACUUCUUGGUCGGCUCACCGGCGGAAGGGGUGGCGAUGCGUCGAUGCUAGUGAGGGAGACGGCGGCGCGUGAGCUGGACGAGCGACGUGCCGACUGGGGUUACUCAAAGCCAGUGGUGGCACUGGACAUGAUGUGGAACUUGGGUUUUGUUAUUGUCUCGGUUGUGAUUUUGUCCUGCACGUUUGAUGAGUCGCCUAAUGUUCCGAUUAGGAUUUGGGUUUGUGGGUAUGCUUUGCAGUGCGUGGUGCAUGUGGUGCUGGUUUGGUUGGAAUACAGAAGGAGAAAUUCUCAAGGAGAAAAUGAUAGUGAGGAGAAUGGUGAAGAGGGAAAUGGAGUUUUGGGUAUUGGUAAUCAAUCAAGUGUUGUUAAACGAUGUGAAACUGUGAAUACAAUGGCGUCACUUCUUUGGUGGAUAGUUGGCUUUUAUUGGAUAGUCUCUGGUGGUGAAUUUCUUUUACAGAACGCUCCACGUCUAUACUGGUUGACAGUUGUAUUUUUGGCAUUCGAUGUAUUCUUUGCCGUCUUUUGUGUUGCUUUGGCAUGUCUGAUAGGAGUUGCUCUUUGUUGCUGCUUGCCUUGCAUAAUUGCAGUACUAUAUGCAGUGGGCCAGGAAGGUGCAUCAGAAGCAGACCUCAAAGUUCUCCCCAAGUAUAGAUUCCAUAUCUACAAGGAUGAGGAGAAACUAAGUGUAGGAGCUGGUCGGAUGGUACCAAUUGAGACGAGCAGCGGAUACUUGGCCAAUGAGCGUAUUCUUUUACCUGAGGAUGCAGAAUGUUGUAUAUGUCUUAGCUUGUACGAGGAUGAGACGGAACUCCAUGCUCUCCCCUGUAAUCAUCAUUUCCACUCCACCUGCAUAGUUAAAUGGCUUAAGAUGAACGCGACAUGUCCACUGUGCAAGUACAACAUCCUGAAGGGGAACGAACAAGUUUAGAGCGGAGGAGAAUGAAAACAAAUAAUCAUUGAUUUUGGUUAUUAAAACCACCAUUUUGCUACUGGCCAAGAUUAUGAGGCUGGAAAUACUGAUUGCCAAUCUGAAUCAGAUCAUAUCUCUGCUUUGCAACUAGUUUAGCUUCCUCUCAUGUUCGCGUCACAUAUUAGAGAUCUUUUCUGUAGUGAAAUGUCAUCAGUUAUAGAAAUAAGGUAGUAAACCUCCACCUGUAAAUAAUUUUGAUUCUAUUGUUUUCCAGUAGAUAUGAUCUCAAACUCUUGUAAAGUACGUGCUAUUUUCUUGGUUAUGUUAUUCUACCUGUUGAAUGGUUUCAUCUUCCAGA